UCGUCAUCAAUCGUGCAUAACGAAAAGGAUUGCGAAGGGAGGAUUGAGAGGCGUGCAAAGAUCCGGGAAUAAAAGAAUUAAACAAUUUGCGAAACUAACAAAAAAGUACAUAAAAAAUAGAGGAUGGAUUUGGGAACUCCUACGUGGAUUGUCGUCAGUGGCUAUCAAAUGGAUUGCGCCUAUUUGGUAUAUCAUUUCUUUUACGAUAUCGGUCAUGUGGUCAAAAGUUAUUCGGCCACAAAUUUAAUGUAUCUCAAGUAUUUGUGCCCGAGGGACUUUAAGAUGGCACUCAGCUACGAUAAACAGAGGAUUGGAUAUGGCGGCGAUAUACUCGUACGCGUUAAGCCCGAGAAUCCUUUUCUCGAGACCAGAAUCGAAACAGUUAUUGAGCAAAGGGAUCAGAUCGUUGACAUUGUCGGGGAGUUGAUCGAUCACCAAAUGCCGAGAAGUAUUAUCGAUAUCGAUGUGGCAAGGACAAUGGAAUACAACCGACCAAUAGUUGCCAAGAUGACAUUCUUCCAAUGGCUGAAGCGUAAAAUAUCAUAUGUAUUUUACUUGUAACUUAAAAAUAUUUAUUUUCUGUUUUAUUAUUGUUACGUAGUUGAAAUUUGAAAGAGUGAUGAGAUUUAACGGUCCACAAGAAAGGGAUUGAAAUGAA